AACCGAGAUGUGGCGUUUGAACAUGUUCUACGAGUGGAUUUGAGCUGUUAUUAAGUGUGCUAGAAAUACUUGCGUUACACAAUAUAACGCUACAUAGAAAGCACGAGUUUGAUUCAUGUAAAGAAAAUGGCAGAGAACUUAACGAAGAAACCAGCUAAAGGCAUUCUCAAGCACUCCAAGAGUUUAGAUCAGCAUGAUAUCAAUAGACAGCAAGAUAUCAAAUGGGACGAAAUGAACAUAUUACAGACACUUCAUCCUGCGGAUAAAGAUUAUGGCCACAUGACAAUUGAUGAGCCUAAAACACCUUAUAACUAUUAUAAAGAUGAAGAUCUUUCUGGUACUGAGAAAUUAGCUAUUAACCCAUCUCUUCUAGCAGAAAAAAUACAAGAAGGUGCAGAAAAACCGCCAAAAGUUAUGACCGAAACAUCUUCAAGCGAAGAAGAAGAAGACGAAACAGAAGAGGAAAGAGCCAAACGGAAGCUUUUUGAAUAUAAAAGAAAAACGCAUUACAACGAAUUCUAUGCAGUGAAACUUGCACGCAAAUUAAUGUCGGCAGAUGAGGACGAGGACGAAGACGAAGAAGAAGAAGAGAGUAACAGUAACGUAGAAUCUAGUGAAAGACAAGUAGAAAAUAAAAACUGUUCGGAUUAGAAGCGGUUUGAUUUAAAAAAAUAUAUAUCAAAAUAAAAUUCGAUAAUUUGUAUUUUGAUAUGACAAAAUUUCAUAUGGCAUUUUAUCUUCCCGAUAAAUGUUGCCAUUUCUUGUCAUUGCCAUAAAAUUAAAAAAAAAAAA